AUGGAUUACACAACAGAUAAUAUGUCUAUAUAUCCAUCUCCAACAGGGGUUAUGAUUGGCCUUGACUUGGCAUAUAACUUGCAUUCUGCAUUUGGGAGCUGGUUCCCUGGAUCAAAACCACUACUUCAGCAGGCCAUGAAUAAGAUUAUGAAGUCAAAUCCUGCUUUGUAUGUUUUGAGGGAGCGAAUCAGGAAAGGUUUGCAGUUGUACUCUUCUGAGCCCACUGAACCAUACUUGUCCUCUCAAACUAUGGAGAGAUAUUCAGCAACCAAAUCAUUUGGUUUGUUGAUGACACCAAUGUGUACAGGGUGA